AUGGCACAAUUCGGAGACUUUAAUAGAAUCUGCAAGACUGUCGCAUUAACGGUAUGUCCGCUUGUUGGGACUUCGUUGGGUCUAGAACCGGCAUGUUAUUCAAGGAGUAUUGAACUCCAAGGAACCUUGAUUUUUCAACCAGCAACGAUUAUCAUCCAUGUUGUGGCAUUGUUGAUGACGACACUUAUGAUAUAUCAUAUCAGGUCAAAGUACACUGCCGUUGGUCGUAGGGAGAUGGUCAUGUUCUUUUACUUGUAUAUGCUACUAACAGUAGUUGAGAUGCUACUUGUCUCUGGAAUCGUCCCACUUGCAUCAAAUGCAUACAUAUACUUGACUGGAAUUCAUACCGGCUUGAUUACAUCAGCUGUCUGGUGUUUGCUUCUCAAUGGAUUCAUUGGAUAUCAAUUUUUCGAGGAUGGAACCGCAACAUCACUCUGGAUAAUCCGCCUCUCUUCCUUGUUUGUAUUCAUCUGUGUCACUGGCUUGUCUGUUGCCACAUUCCGAGGCAUAGGACCAUUCAACCCCUUGCAUCCGGCUCUGCUCUGGAUUGUGCUAUACGUAUUCAACGGUGGUGCAAUUGCAUUAUACAUUUGUCUUCAGAUAUUUUUGGUUCUCAAUACUCUUGAUGAUCGCUGGCCACUUGGUGAUAUCGCGUUUGGAGCUGCAUUCUAUUCAGUCGGUCAGGCGUCUCUAUAUGCAUUCUCUGUUAAAAUAUGUGAUCAUGCUAAGCAUUACAUAGAUGGCCUGUUUUUCGGAACCAUUGGAACUCUUUUGGCAGUGAUGAUGGUAUACAAAUACUGGGAUUCUAUUACAAAGGAGGACUUGGAAUUCAGCGUUGGGAACAAACAGCAUGUCUGGGAAGUGAGAGACGUUGAAGAAGAGUAUCCUAGACAGGACGGACGUGGUGACUACAACAAUGGAUAUCAAGAAUAUUAA